CUGGAUCGAAGAAAAUGUAACAAUUUUUUCUUCGUUUUAAAUUUUCAUGAAUACAGCGAUCCAUGGCGUAUUGUAUCAGCAUUAGUAUUGCAACCGUGGUAUUUUUUGCUUUUCAUUUCCACAAUCCGCACAUUUACGCAUUUCAAAGCAGCGGCAGUGUAACGAGAAGAAGCGACCGGACUCCAACUAUCGGCGGCAGCAGAAGAGAGAGAAUGGUGGAUCUUGAUGAUAACAAAGACGAUGGAUGGGCCACAGUCCCGAAGAAGAAAAAGACGCCUUGCAAAAGCGGCGCCAAAAAUUGCAACGGUAACAAAUCAAAGGAACGAUACAACAAUCCAUAUAUCGAAGUCAUCGCCCCCACGAAAAGMAGCGAGAGCAACGUUGGGACCGAGCAGAGGCACCACGAUCAGCAACAUCACUAUGAACCCUUCAUGAUCCUGCUAGUAGGACUACCCGGUUCGGGAAAAUCCACGUUUUCGGAAAGCUUGGUAGCCUCCAUGCCCGAGAAAUUCUAUCGGAUCAACCAAGAUAAGUUAAAAUCGAGGCCGAAGUGUGAACGGAAGCUGAAAGAAGUCCUUUCCGUAUCACCAUCGCAGGUGCAGGAGCAAGAUCAGCAACAUCGUCGUCAACGCUUGUGCCCAAUCAUUGACCGGUGCAACUUCGAUGCAAUGCAGCGAUCGACUUGGUAUCGAUUAGCAAAGGAGGCGGUCGGACAAAGAGUUUCGUCGCCGUUGACGUUGACGAUGACGAAUGUUGUGUCGGAGGACGGGGACUCGCCAUCGAGCAAACAGGAGGAAGAAUCUCCCCAGAUCGCAGCAACUAUGACAACGAUAGAGUCGGCACUCGAAGGCACCAAUCUUUCAUCGUCGUCGUCGUCAUCACCAGCAACGAUGACAACAACGACGACUACUACUGCUACUUCUUCUUCUUCCUUAACAACCAAAGGAAUUCCAGUGGAUGUGGUUGUGUUGGACCUUCCCUACGAAGAAUGCUUGCGAAGGUGCCAGCUACGAAAGGGCCACGAAACCAUCAAAUCCCCCCACCAGGCCCAAAAGGUAUUGAAACAACUCCGAAGAGAGUGGAGCCCACCACACUAUAAAAAGAACGCCGACGAAAAAUCCAGCUUUAGAUCUCUCACAAUAGUUCGAACAGAGAAAGAACGAAAAGAAUGUCUGCUGCGAAUUCUGAACCAAACAAAUUAAUCGGCUCUGUGCAAUAAAAAUAGAACACCCAU